GCCCGGAGGCGGUGCAGGCGGGCGGCCAUUUUGUGGCGCUGCUCGGUCGCUGGCGCUGGGGCUCAGCGCGGGGAGCGGGGCCUGAGUGGCGAGUUAGUUUCCUUUCUAACCCACUUUUUUCCCGUACAGGCCCCUCGUCUAAAAGUUGGUUUUAAUUGGUUGCCCACAGGAUUGCCUUGGCUUCUACUACUUGUUAAGGAAAAAAAACACACCUCUCUUGGCAGGUGUGUGUGUUUCAGCGCAGCAUGGCUGUGGUCAUCCGCUUACAAGGUCUCCCAAUUGUGGCGGGGACUAUGGACAUUCGCCACUUCUUCUCUGGAUUGACCAUUCCUGAUGGGGGCGUGCAUAUUGUAGGGGGUGAGCUGGGUGAGGCUUUCAUCGUCUUUGCCACUGAUGAAGAUGCAAGGCUGGGUAUGAUGCGCACAGGUGGUACCAUUAAAGGGUCCAAAGUAACACUGUUGCUGAGCAGUAAAACUGAAAUGCAGAAUAUGAUUGAACUCAGUCGCAGGCGCUUUGAAACAGCAAAUCUAGAUAUGCCACCAGCAAAUGCUAGCAGGUCUGGGCCUCCACCUAGUUCUGGAAUAAGUAGCAGGGUGACUCUUCCUACGACGGUACCUAACUUUAACAGUCCCUCUCCUAGUGUAGUUACUGCAGCUACUUCAGUUCAUGAAAGCAACAAAAACAUACCAACAUUCUCCACUGCCAGUAUGGGAACUGCUCCUCCUAAUAUUGGUGCUACUUUUGGAAGUCCCACCUUUAGUUCCACCAUACCUAGUACAGCAUCCUCAAUGAACACAGUACCACCUCCACCAAUACCUCCAAUUCCAGCUCUGCCAUCAUUGCCCCCAAUGCCUUCCAUUCCUCCCAUCCCUGUCCCACCUCCAGUACCUACACUGCCUCCUGUUCCCCCAGUUCCCCCAAUACCUCCUGUGCCACCUAUGACCCCUCUGCCUCCUUUAUCAGGAAUGCCUCCAAUGAAUCCCCCACCUGUAGCACCUUUGCCUACAGGAAUGAAUGGAUCUGGAACAGCCAUGAAUCUGAGCACUAACUUGAAUCCAAUGUUCAUGAGUCCCAUAAAUCCUAUUCAGAUCAAUUCUCAAAGUGGUGUGAAAUCACUUCCUAUCAAUCCAGAUGAUCUGUAUGUCAGUGUGCAUGGAAUGCCAUUCUCAGCAACAGAAUCUGACGUGAAAGACUUUUUUCAUGGACUUCGUGUGGAUGCAGUGCAUAUACUGAAAGAUCAUGUAGGACGAAAUAAUGGAAAUGGAUUAGUUAAGUUUUGUUCUCCUCAAGAUACAUUUGAAGCCUUGAAGCGAAACAGGAUGCUGAUGAUUCAGCGCUAUGUCGAAGUUGGUCCUGCAACAGAGAGACAGUGGGUGUCUGCAGGAGGCCAUAUAACAUUCAAGCAAACCAUGGGUCCUUCUGGACAAAAUCAUCCUUCUCCUCAAACUCUCUCUCUGUCUAAAUCACCUAAUGGUCAGAAAAGAUCCAGAUCCAGAUCACCACAUGACCAGGGCUUCUGUGUUUAUUUAAAAGGACUUCCUUUUGAAUCUGAGAACAAGCAUGUAAUAGAUUUCUUUAAAAAGCUUGAUAUUGUGGAAGACAGUAUUUACAUAGCUUAUGGACCCAAUGGGAAAGCACUUGGUGAAGGUUUUGUUGAGUUCAGAAAUGAAACUGACUACAAAGCAGCUUUAUGUCAUCAUAAGCAGUACAUUGGAAAUCGUUUCAUUCAAGUACAUCCCAUAACAAAAAAAGCUAUGUUAGAAAAGAUAGAAAUGAUUCGGAAAAGACUGCAGAACUUCAACUAUGAUCAGCGUGAGAUCAUUAUGAAUACUGAAGGGGAGACUGGCCCUUCUAAACUAUGUGCACAUAUAUCCAAUAUCCCCUACAACAUUACUAAAAUGGAAAUCCUUCAGUUUCUAGAGGGACUGGCAGUGGAAGAGAACUCUAUACAAAUUCUUGUUGAUACUAAUGGGCAAGGUUUAGGACAAGCACUGGUCCAAUUCAAAGCUGAAGAAGAUGCUCGUAAAUCAGAGCGCCUGCAUCGAAAGAAACUAAAUGGGAGAGAUGUUGUGCUAAGAGUUAUUUCCCUUGAAGAAAUGAGAGAAAUUGAGAGAAAUCCUCCCUCCCAGGGGAAAAAAAUGUUGAAAAUGCCAUUGCAAGGGAGUGCACUAAUGCCAGGAGUGCAGAAUGCUGGUGGGGAUAAACAUUCUUUCAUAGGUAAUAGCCCCAAAGAUGCAAACAGUGGUCCUCCUUUUCAUUUUCCCAGCAAUUUCAGUGGGUCUAAUGCAUUUGGCCCCCCUCUUCCACCUCCAGGAAUAGGUGGUGGCUUUGGUGAUUCAAGGCCAGGGAUGCCUUCUAUUGGAAAUAGUGGCCUGCCUGGUCUGCCUGGUUCAGGAAUUGAUGUUCCGGGUUUUGGAGGUGGGCCUAGCAAUUUAACUGGGCCAUCAGGUUUCACAGGAGGUCCUCAGAACUUUGGAAAUGGGCCUGGUAAUUUAACUGUUCCUCCUAACUUUGGUAGUGGACCUCCAGGUCUUGGUGGUGCGCUUGGACAUUUAAGUGGACCUCCAGGGUUUGGACCUGGACCUGGAAACUUGCAUAUUGCUGGGCCACCUGGGUUUGGAGCUGGCUCUGGAAAGCCAGGGCCAACUGUCAUUAAAGUUCAGAAUAUGCCCUUUACUGUAUCAGUGGAUGAAAUUUUGGAUUUCUUCUAUGGUUACCAAGUAAUCCCAGGUUCAGUGUGCUUAAAAUACAAUGAAAAGGGCAUGCCAACAGGUGAAGCAAUGGUUGCAUUUGAAUCUCGUGAUGAAGCAAUGGCAGCUGUUGUUGAUCUGAAUGACAGGCCAAUAGGCUCAAGAAAAGUCAAACUUAUGGCGCACUGCGUGACAAAGGUGGAACUGUCCAUAUCAUGUGAUAAUCUGCUUGAUAAAGAUGUUGGCUCAAAAUCUGAUCCUCUAUGUGUCCUGCUUCAAGAUGUUGGUGGAAACCAAUGGACCGAAUUGGAUCGAACUGAAAAAAUAAAGAAUUGCCAGAAUCCUCAAUUUUCAAAGAAGCUGCGGAUUGAUUAUUAUUUUGAGAAAGUUCAGAAACUGAAAUUUGGCAUUUACGACAUUGAUAACAAAUCCUAUGACUUAAAUGAUGAUGACUUUCUUGGAGGGGCAGAGUGCACCUUGGGACAGAUUGUGUCAAGUAAAACUGUCACUCAGCCUUUAAUGCUGAAGAAAGGAAAACCUGCAGGAAAAGGCACUGUUACGAUUUCUGCAGAAGAGAUUAAAGACACUAGAGUUGUGUCCUUAGAUGUUGAAGCCCGGAAUUUAGACAAAAAGGAUUUUUUGGGCAAAUCUGAUCCAUUUUUGGAGUUUUAUAAGGAGAGUGAUGGUGGAAAAUGGCAGCUUGUCUACCGAUCAGAGGUAAUUAAGAACAAUUUAAAUCCCUGCUGGAGAAAGUUCAGUGUUCCUCUGCAAACAUUCUGUGGUGGUGACUUCAACAAACCAAUGAAGGUGCACUGUUCAGAUUAUGAUAGUGAUGGGUCACAUGACUUGAUAGGCAUUUUUGAAACUAACCUCUCCCAGCUACAGAAGGCAGGUGGCAGCUCUCCGGUGGAAUUUGAGUGUAUUCACCCCGAGAAGAAGAGAAAGAAGAAGAGCUAUAAAAACUCUGGCAUUGUUCGAGUCAAGUCUUGCAAAAUUGAAAUGGAAUAUUCUUUCCUGGAUUACAUCAUGGGAGGCUGCCAAAUUAAUUUCACUGUGGGUGUAGAUUUCACCGGCUCCAAUGGAGAUCCAAAGUCACCAGAUUCUCUUCACUAUAUCAGUCCAAAUGGGAUAAAUGAAUACCUGACCGCCAUCUGGUGUGUGGGGAACGUGGUACAGGAUUAUGACACUGACAAACUGUUCCCUGCCUUUGGGUUUGGAGCUCAAGUUCCUCCAGACUGGAAGGUAUCCCAUGAAUUUGCAUUGAACUUUAACCCUACAAAUCCCUAUUGCCAAGGAAUCCAGGGAAUUGUGGAUGCAUAUCGCCAGGCACUGCCUCAGAUUCGUCUCUAUGGUCCAACAAAUUUCUCCCCAAUUAUAAAUCAUGUUGCCAGGUUUGCUGCUCAGGCAGCACAGCAAAAUACUGCUUCUCAAUAUUUUGUCUUGCUGAUAAUCACAGAUGGGGAGAUCACUGAUCUGGACCAAACCAGGCAAGCCAUUGUCAGUGCCUCCAAGCUGCCCAUGUCUAUCAUUAUCAUUGGGGUUGGGAGCGCUGAGUUCAAAGCCAUGGAAUUCCUUGAUGGAGACGAUGGUGUUCUAAAGUCCUUGUCAGGGGAACCAGCUGCACGAGAUAUUGUCCAGUUUGUGCCCUUCAGGAGGUUCCAGAAUGCUCCUCGUGAGGCACUUAACCAGUCAGUGUUAGCUGAAGUUCCUAAGCAACUGGUAUCCUACUUCAAGAUGCUUGGCCUGAAUCCCAUGAAGAUGCCUUCAGAAAAACAGCCAUAAAGCACAAUACCUUUCAUUUACAAGGAAAAGAAUACUGCAUAUAGAGUUUCCAGUGAAUUGUCCUUUUCCCUAUGUAUUACUCUGCAUUCAAAACAAUAUUUCUAUACUUUCAACAUAUAUGGGGAAUAUAAUAUAUUUGCAGACAAUAUAUAGGAAUACUAGUGCUCUUGGCAGUUCUUAUUAGAAAACUGAUGAAUGCCUUAUGGCCAAAUCCAUUUGCAUUCUGUCUACCUGCCCAUGCUGUGCAGCACACAAUCCUAGUGAAGAAUCUUGGGUUUGUUUGUUUUUUAAAAGUCAAGAUCCUAGCUCUUGAUUUAAAAGAAAGCUUUUUUAAUUUUAAUUUUUCUGCUGAAGUCGCAGAACCUGAAUGGAGCUUGGGACAUGGCUUUCAGAAGGUGGUGAAAUCACAAAAUGGCUGCUAAUGCUUGCUUCUGUCCCUUGCUGAUUUAUAUCCCAUUCACAUAUUAUUAUUUAAUCUGCUCAACCCUUCACUGCAUUUUUGAGUCAGUUGUGAAGGUUCAUUCAUAACAAAUUAUGAAAACACCAGAUACUUGUACUAAAAUUA